CCCCACUGUGUUUUCCAACUGGACCUCUCAAUAGCAGUGCAUACCACCUGUGUGUAUCCACCUGUUCACAUCUAACCAUCAUCAUCAUCAUUAACAUUGUAAUCUUCCUCCUCUUCUUAGAUGUCAUGGUGCCCUCCGUACCGUAGUUCUAAGUUCCGUCACGUCUACGGUAAGGCCUCCACCAAAGACCACGGUUACCACGGAAUCCCGAUCACACACAGCGUCCACGACAACCACUACUGCUCCGUUAACCCGCGCUUCGUUGCCAUAGUAACGGAAUGCUCCGGGGGCGGUGCUUUCUUGGUCCUCUCCAUCCAUCACACUGGUAAAGUAGACCCCCAACACCCCAGGGUGUGUGGUCACAGUGCCAGGGUGUUGGAUGUCAAGUGGAACCCUUUUGAUGAUCACUGCAUCGCCUCCUGCUCUGAAGACUGCACCGUCAGUACUACAGAUAUGCACGCAUAG